CAAGUCCCACUCCAGGGCUCACCCGCUCUCCGGCCUGGACCUUCCCGUCGAGGUGCUCCUCAAGGUCGCCCCUUAGCAGCUCGUCUACCGCAAGUUCACACGCUUCGUCUGCAAUCACGUCUUCGGCUAGCUGUUCCGCCCCCCGGAGUUCAAGGAGUCCACGGACGGAUGCAUUUGCAGGUGAGCGUUGGAGAUGUGCCGAGCCCUUCUCCCCAAUUUGAAUCUUUCCUUCAACAACCACAACGAGACGGGGCUUGUAGGAAGGAAGCAUUGCCGGUCCAUAAAAUUGGCCGGUUGGGAUACACCACGCGAGGAACCAAUAGCCAAUAGGCCGUCCGUGUCCGUGUCACUGACAGUGGAAAAGAAAGCCUGAUUGUGAGAGGGAGGUCAGAGCUGCGGGCACUAGUGCUCGUGAACCAGCCAGGCAGAGCAGAGCAGCCUCCCCGGUUGCACUUGCACACGACAGAAGUACUCCUCCCUCUCCCUUUCCCCCACCAAAUCCGCCGCCGCCAAAAUGCUGUCCUUUCUCCGCGCCGCCGUCUCCGGCCGCCUUCGCCGCACCCUCUCCACCGCCGCCGCGCGCCCUCCCUGGGCGAUGAUGUACCGGGUCUCCCAGGGGUCCAACUCCACGGAGAGCGUGUCGUCCUCGCUCGCCCCGCCGCCGUCCGUCUCCUUCGUCUCCGUGCCCAGCCACGCCCUCGACAUCGACCCCUUUCCGCCCCAACCCAAGUGCGUCAGCCUGUUUCGCGGCCUCGUCCUCGCCGCCAGCGGCCACGGCCUCCUCCUCCUGGACACCCACAUGAGCCGCCUCCAGGCUCAUGACCUGAAGCUCCUCUACCGGAGGUUCGCGCGCUUCGUCUGCAACCCGGUCACCGGCCAGCUGCUCCGCCUCCCGGACUUCGACGGCGCCGAGAAGACCUUGACCGACGGCAUGGGGCUCCUCACCCAGGCCUACGGCGCCAGCGGGCCGCCCAAGAGGUAUGCCGCUGCUCAGCUCACCGAGGUCGACGGCGGGCAGCGCUUCCUGCUGCGCCGGUUCUCCUCGGAGACAGGGGACUGGGACGAGCGGGUGCUGCCGUCCCCGAUGCCGCCUAGGCGGCGGAUGCACAUGGUUCACGAGGUGCUGGACUACGGAGGCCGGCUCUGGUGGGUGGACGUGAGCUGGGGCGCCAUCUGCGUCGAUCCGUUCAGCGACCGGCCUGAACUCUGCCCCGUCGAGCUGCCGGCACACAGCAUGCUUCCUGACCAACUGGACGAGAACGAAAUGAGGCAGCUUAUCAAGCACCGCCACAUGGGGGUCAGCGCCGGCAGGCUGCUCUAUGCCGAGGUCGACCCGUUACAUAUCAGAUCCUUCACGCUCGACGACGAGAGCCGCCGCUGGACGCUGCAGCACCAGGUGUCGGUUGAUCUUUUGCCCAAUGGAGGUAAUGCCAAGGAGAUGCCUUUGGUUGCUGCUGUCGAUCCACUGGACACCAACCUGCUGCAUCUCAACGUGGACAGAGUUAAUUUCAGCAUCGACAUGUCCAGGAAGAGGAUGAUUGAGAGUACUGCAAUACCUACUGACAUGUCUCCUCCGAGCGAGUCCGCAACAACUUCCUAUCUACCGUGCGUGCUCCCUUCAUUUCUUCGAUCAAGCCCGAUUCCAGGUAAGAAGUCUGUCACGAAAAACAAGACUUUGGCAGAUGUUCUGGUUCGUUUAGACAGACAUCACGCUAAAUGAAGCGUGCCAAGUUACCAGUCAAUGUGUCUCUGGGUUUCUAACAAUCAAGUAGUACCUGAUGCGUGAUGGGUGAUGGCGGGACUCGGAUUUUGCAGGAAAUCUGGAGAUGUUUGGGUUUUGGGAUUUUGAUGUUUGUUCAGACUCCAUACUAAGCAGUCCACGCUCAUCCCUUCGUAGAAAAAGGUGGAUGCAUCCACAUCUUUAACUCCCUUGAGAGAAACUUAUUUAUAUGAGACAUGUGACAAAUUGAUGAUGAGCGUUUCGGUAUUA